UAGGGGCCCCGUUGUGAAAAAAACAAUAAUCCUCGUGGUCGCGGGAGCCAUCGGCAGUCCCCGGCAAUGGCACCGGAACCCCCACUGCCUGCCCUGUUCCUAAGAAUGGCGACCCCGACCACCCGUCCGGGGCACCACUCGCCACCACCGGGAGCCGCUGCUGCCUAACGGCCCCUACUCCUUCCGCUCCUCCGCUCGCCGGCCGGCGGUGCCGGAUGGAUCCAUCCUUACGGGAGCCGGCGGGCGGCCGUGGUGGUUGUCGGUGGCGGCGUCGCCGGCGCGCUCAUCGCCAGCUCCCUCCAGAGCUAUGCCGACGUCGUCAUAAUCGACCCGAAAGAGUACCUUGAAAUUCCAUGGACUAACAUGAGAUCAAAGGUGGAGCCAUCUGUUGUUGAGAAAUCAUUAAUUAACCACAGUGAUUACUUGAGUGGUGAAGUCAUUUCAGCCUCUGCUACUGAUGUAAGUGGAGAGGCUGUGAUCACAGCAGAGGGUCGUUUGGUGGAGUACACAUACCUUGUCAUAGCCACAGGUCACACAAAUUAGUGUCCACGAACAAGGAGAGACAGGCUGGAACAGUUUCAAGAAGGCAAGCCACCAUGCUCAUCCAAUUGUUGCUUUCUUUUCAUGACGUGAAGAUAAAAUAUUCCGAUUCGAUUCUUAUUGUUGGGUGAGCCAUCAGGCGUUGAGCUUGCUGCUGAAAGAGCUGUGAAUUAUCCAGACAACAAGGUGACACUGGUUCAUGACAGACCAAGAUUGUUGGAAUCUGUUGAUCAAAAAGCUGGUGGUAAGGCACUGCUUUGGCUGAGAUCGAAGAAUGUUGAAGUUUAUUUGGAGCAGUUGAUCGAUCUAGAGUUCAUGUCAGAGGGAGAUAGGCUCUACAGGACGUCGUCGGGGAUAGAGAUAACAGCUGAUUGCUACUUCUCGUGCCUCGACAGACCACUGAGUUCUUCAUGGAUUAGAGGUUCUGAGCUGGAAGAUUGCUUGGACAAUGAUGGAAGAUUGAUGGUUGAUGCAAAUCUAAGAGUGAAAGGCCAGGUUAAUAUUUUUGCUGCUGGUGAUAUCAUUGACAUUCCGGAGCUCGAGCAAGGAUAUUUCGUGCGGAGACAUGCCAUGAUAGUCUCCAAAAACAUAAAGCUUUUGAUGCAUGGGGCUAAAGAAAGCAAGCUAUUGAAAUAUAAACAUUCGACAGCAAUGCCGAUGGUCUCACUCGGUAGAAGGAUGCCGUGGCGCAGCUAUCCUUCGCCACGGUCCAGGGCACCUUCCUGCGAUGUGGAAAUCCCGGGACUUGUUCGUGCACAGAACAAGGACUCUGCUGGGGCUUCCACGGUGAAAGUGUGACAGACAAAUUUGGCUGGAAGGGACCGGUUAUGUGCCGCUAAUUUUGACCUUUUGGUUGUACCCACUACACACCCCCCUUGUUGAAAUUUCCUGUCAAAGGAGUAGCACGGUUUAUGGGGUUGUAAAUUUGUAACGGCGACCACUUAUUAUGGAAAUCACAUGUAGCAUGCUUCACUUCACUGAAAGAUAGUCGAUGAUAUUUGAAAUUUUCAGUCCUGA